GCUGCUGGAAUACAAAUCCAACCCUCAUCCCUGCUUUUGCCGAGUCAGGCUUUUCCCAAGCCAAAUGGCUCCUCCUGAACCUCUCCUUCACAUCCAAAUCACCCCAAACCAGGGAAAAGCAAGCAGAAAGGGCUGGCUGCAACCCGUGGGUAUAAGGAGCUGCUUGUUUCACCCCAGCAGCUGCUUGGAUUCUUCCUUUGUUUUAUGCAUUUGGAGGUUUUUUUGUUGUUUGGGGUUUUUUUCCCUUCGUGUGGGCUGUUUCGAGGCAAAUUCCUUAAAAAGGAGAAAAACAAAAAGGCUGGAGCAGCCCCAGAGCGCUGGGAAAGGUCAGGAGCAGACAAAGGAGGAGGGACACAGCCGCAGCCCUCCUUAAUCCCCAAAACUCGUCCCUGCGGAGGGGCAGGAUGGGGCCCGCGGGCUGGGAGCGGAGGAUGGAGCCCAGGCACCGUUCCGGAGGUAACCGUGAUCCCGACCUGCGCCAGGGUUAAGAUCCAGGACGGGGCUGGAGAACAAUAGUGGAGUGGGAAACAAUGGAGCUGCUGCACCUUGGCGCCUAGGGAUGCCGGACGGAAUUCCAGCUUCAACAUAAGGCCUUGGGCCGGAGCCGCGGCAGCGUCAGGCUGUGGGAGCAUCCGUGGAGCCGAAGGAUCUGCUGGGACUGGCUCCCAUGAAAGAAGAGCAGGAGGAUGGAUUACGGAGGCUGCGAGUACCCGGUUCCCUGUGGGAAAGACAAGUACAUCUCCAAAAAUGAGCUGCUUUUACACUUGAAGACGUACAACAUCUACUAUGAAGGACAAAACUUGCAGCUGCGGCACCGGGAGGAGGAAGGUGAACUCAUCGUGGAGGGGCUGCUGAACAUCUCCUGGGGCUUGCGGCGACCCAUCCGCCUGCAGAUGCAGGAUGACAACCAGCGCAUCCGCCCUCCGCCAUCCUCCUCCUCAUGGCACUCGGGAUGCAACCUGGGAGCGCACGGGUCCGUGCUGAAGCCCAGCACCUUGCCAGACAUCCAGGUCACGGGUGCAGAGGCUGUGCCAAACACAGAGGCUCCCCGGAGCUGUACAGGCACCAAAUCACAAGCAGAGGAGACGCCGCAGCUGAUGCGGACGCGGAGCGAUGUUGGGGUCCGGCACCGGGGCAGCGCCCGCACCCCCAGCGAGCAGCGGCGCAUCCGCCGGCACCGCUUCUCCAUCAACGGGCACUUCUACAACCACAAGACAUCCGUGUUCACGCCGGCCUACGGCUCCAUGACCAACGUCCGCAUAAACAGCACCAUGACGACCCCGCAGGUCCUCAAACUGCUGCUCAAUAAGUUCAAGAUUGAGAACUCAGCGGAGGAGUUUGCGCUCUACAUUGUCCACACCAGUGGAGAGAAGCAGAAGCUGCGGGGCAGUGAUUACCCCCUGAUCGCCCGCAUCCUGCAGGGCCCCUGCGAGCAGAUCUCCAAGGUCUUCCUUAUGGAGAAGGACCAAGUGGAAGAAGUCACCUAUGAUGUAGCUCAGUACAUCAAAUUCGAGAUGCCCAUCCUCAGGAGCUUCAUCCAGAAGCUGGACGAAGAGGAGGAUCGCGAAGUGAAGAAGCUGAUGCGCAAGUACGCCGGGCUCAGCUGCAUCAAGGGGAGAUGCUGGGAGUUCAGGACAUGGUUGGGGGGUUAUUGUGGUGCUGAGCAUUCAUUUGCACAGCUUUUUAUCCCUAAUCCGUGCAUUAUUCCACUGUUUUCUUGGCUUGAUGCUGCAAAAAUCCUCUUUUCCUUGUCCUUUGCCUCUCCAGGUAUUCCAUCCUCCGGCUGAUGAUUGAGCAAAGGCUGGAGGAGAUAUCCGAAGGUCCAACGGCGAUGUGAAGCGCUUCACCAGCUCCAGGUUGCAUUGCACCAAGAGCCGUCUGCCUGCAGGAUGCACUGUACCAAAUCCCAACCCCAUGUCAUUCCCGGAGCGCUCCCAGUGUCCUCCCGGAUCGCUCCGGCUCUGAGCCAACCCAUCCUCCCGUGCCUUCAUCUGUGCAGCAUCCUCGGAGGGUUCCUUGUCUCCAAAUGGGAGUUUUCCCAGCAAGGCUCUGGGCAUCUUCAGCCAAAAACCUCAAAUCCCUGGAAAUAACAGGGGGAAAAGGAAGAGGAAAUCCAUGAGCAGGAUGAAGCCACUGAGGAUGGGGACAAGCAAUUCUGGGCUCUGUUGGAAGAUCCUGGCUACAGCGAUGCCCAUGUGGGGCUCCCUGCAUAGAAUCCACCCCUCGGUGGCAAGAGCACAAAGAAUUCCUCUUUUCCCCCCUGAAAAAGCACAUUCCUAUUGCAAUAAUUCACAGGUGACAGGAAGCUUUUGUAAAUGGAGUGGAUUUUAACACUUUUGCUGCCGAAAACGAACCUUGGGGACUGAGGGUUGGAUUUACAGCAAAAGAGUAAAAUCCCAUUGUUUUCCCAGCACAUUCCCUUAACCUGCAUCUGGUCUCAUAUCCCCCAUCCUGCUCCUUUCUAAUUUGCACUAAUGUUAAGGAAGAAAAAGCAACCCACGAUGGCAAACCUCUCUGGUAGCUGUAACAUGCCAAAUAUGCUCAGGGGAAUAGCGGGUGGUGAGGAGCAUCUCCCGAGGGAUGCUAUAUGGAAAGCAGGAGGGGAGGCAGAAACAGAGGGGUUUAUUCUCCACAUGGGUUUUGCAGCACGUUGUCCUGGGCUCACCAGGACCAGGACUGGCUUUGUUACCCCCAUCACACCUGGAAAAACCUCUUUCCUCACGGGCUAAACCAGCAAUAUCCAUUUUAUACCUCGAUGUGAACUAAAACUCGUGACUUUCUCCCUCCUUUUGAGGUUUUGCAAUGCAUCUUUGUGAGGUUCGGGGUCUAAUUUUAAUGGUACCUUCUCCACCUUGAACACAUUGAUAGGGGAAGUAUUGUACAGCGAGAAAAGCUUGUUGUGUGUGUGAAGGAUGGCUUGGUUGGGUAAGAAGGACACAAAACAUGAAGCAACUUAAUACAGAAUGAACCCCCCC